AUGCUUUCUCGCUACAAAUUUCGUCGUCCAUUCAAACUCUGUAAAUUUCGAUUCUUUUCGAGCUAUGUUGAAAACCCUGAGGCUAUCUCUAAGCGAUCGUCUUCGUCAACCUCUUGUUCGUCGUCAAAUCCAUCUCUGGUUUGUUCCAAUAACUUGACGAUAAUUAAACAUUCUGAUCAAGGCGAGAUCUUUCAGUUGAACAAGAUUAUUGCUAGAUGUGUACGUUCAGGAGAUUUAGACGGAGCUCUAAGAGUGUUUAAUGGGAUGAGAGUGAAGGACACAGUGACCUGGAAUUCACUUCUCGUUGGGUUUACAAAAGAUCCAAGCAGAAUGAGGGAAGCACACCAACUGUUCGAUGAAAUCCCUGAACCAGAUACUUUCUCUUACAACAUCAUGUCGUCUUGCUACGUUCGCAACGGCAACUUCGACAAGGCCAGGAGCUUCUUCAAACAGACGCCAGUCAAAGACGCAGCGUCGUGGAACACGAUGAUCACGGGAUACGCACGGAGAAGCGAAAUGGAAAAAGCGAGGGAAUUGUUCGACGAAAUGACGGAGAAGAACGAGGUUUCUUGGAAUGCAAUGAUCUCAGGUUAUGUAGAAUGUGGGGAUUUGGAAAUGGCAUUAAGUUUCUUUAAAGCGGCUCCGGUUAGAGGCGUAGUGGCUUGGACUGCAAUGAUCACGGGGUAUAUGAAAGCUAAGAAGGUGGAAUUAGCUGAAGCAAUGUUCAAAGACAUGACAGUGAAGAGAAAUCUUGUAACUUGGAAUGCUAUGAUCUCUGGUUAUGUCGAAAAUUCUCUGUCAGAAGAUGGAUUGAAGCUUUUCAAAGCAAUGCUUAAGGAUGGAAUUAGGCCUAACCCGUCCGGACUGAGCAGCGUACUGCUUGGCUGCAGCGAAUUAUCGGCUUUACGGUUAGGGAGGCAAAUCCAUCAGUUAGUGUGUAAAGCUACAUUGUGUAACGACGUUACCACAUUGACUUCUCUGAUCAGUAUGUACUGCAAAUGUGGAGAUCUUGAUGAUGCUUGGAAACUCUUUAAGGCGAUGAAGAGGAAAGAUGUUGUGCCGUGGAACGCGAUGAUAUCCGGGUACGCACAGCACGGUAAAGCGGAAAAGGCUCUGUGCUUGUUCCGUGAGAUGAGAGAGAACAAGAUCAGACCGGAUCGGAUAACGUUUGUUGCGGUUUUGUUGGCAUGUAACCAUGCUGGACUAGUGGAUAUUGGGAUGGAGUUUUUCGAUUCGAUGGUGAGAGAUUACGGGGUAGAACCGCGGUCUGAUCACUACUCGUGUAUGGUUGAUCUUUUGGGUCGAGCUGGGAAGCUGGAGGAAGCAUCGAAACUUAUAAAAUCAAUGCCGUUUAGACCACAUGCUGUAGACUAUGGGGCGCUCUUAGGGGCUUGUAGGGUGCACAAGAAUGUUGAAAUGGCUGAAUUCGCGUCUAAGAAACUUCUUGAGCUUAAUCCGAGAAAUGCAGCCGGGUAUGUUCAGCUCGCGAAUGUGUACGCAUCGAGAAACCUUUGGGAAGACGUUGCAAGGGUUCGCAAGAGAAUGAAGCAGAGCAAUGUUGUUAAGGUACCCGGAUACAGUUGGAUCGAGAUUGGAAACAACAUUCACCAGUUCAGAUCAAGCGAACGGAUUCACCCUGAGCUAGACUCAAUACACAAUAAACUGAAAGAGCUAGAGAAGAAGAUGAUUUUAGCUGGAUACACUCCAGAGCUAGAGUUUGCUUUACGCGACGUAGAAGAAGAACAUAAAGAGAAGCUAUUGUUAUGGCAUAGUGAGAAGUUAGCUGUUGCUUUCGGGUGCUUAAAACUCCCUCAAGGUUCACGUAUACAAGUGUUCAAGAACCUGAGAAUCUGUGGUGAUUGUCAUAAAGCAAUGAAAUUUAUUUCAGAGAUAGAGAAACGAGAGAUCAUAGUAAGAGACACCACAAGGUUUCACCAUUUCAAAGAUGGGUCUUGUUCUUGUGGUGAUUACUGGUGA